AUGCAGUCCUCUCCUCCUACAAGCGACGGGAAAGCGCGCGCUAUACGCGAACUUUCACGCAGUUUGAGCCACAGCCCACGAAACAUCGCCUCGCCGUCACCGCCGCCCAGCGACUCGAAUCCCACGAAGCACUCGGGCUUCGGCACAGAGACAUCUAGCUUCUUCAACGACCCGGACAUUCUCAUGUCAACUCAACACAGAUUAGAGGACGACACAAACACGCUCCCCCAAUACCCGCGCAUUCGCUCGACCGCGAAGAAGAUGAACACUUGGCAUAUGCUCCGCUCCGAGCAGCCAAACCCCAACACCUCGCUGGUAAACAAAGAGUUUGGCGAUUUUGACCACAGCCUGUCGGACGACGAGGAAAUGCCUGUAGAACAGGCGCGUGGCAUGAACCGCAGCAACCGCGGUACACCGAACAAGAUGAGCUCCCAGUUCAAUAGCCUCUACGACAUCACACCGCCGACCAACCGCUCGCGCAAAUCUUAUGCGGCAGAGACGGGCAGUCUCCGACGCGACGCCCAAAUUCGACGCGCUUCACGGAACGACUUGGAGAGCGCCUCACCGCGCCCUGCGAGUGCGCGCAACUCAGCGGCCGUGCCUGCAAAUCAAGACCGCAAGCGUACUUCCCUUGCACAAUUGCAUGCCAAAGUUUCGGAAGACGAGUCUUCGUUCAUGGACCAACGGCCGCCAACAUUGACCAUGGACUCGACUAAGAACACACGCUGGGGCAACCGAAGCCGUCAAACUUCCCUUCAGAUGGAUGGCAAGGUCGACGCGUCUCCACACGCAAACUACACUUCCAAAUCACGACCAGUUACUGCUCAAAACGCGACCGCGCAAUCAUUCAUACUUCCCGAUCUUCCAAAUCUUACCGAGCUGGUCUCUGGGGUCUUCGAUGAUGGUACCCCAGUGUUCUCGAAGACUGCUCCUGCACGGUCACGGUUUUCCGCCCCACCCAACGGUGGUCGACGGCCACAGCACAUUCCCGUAGAAGGUGUUCCAAUACCUGAAGAAGAGAAGGCGAUUUUCGCCGCGCUUCACCAGCUGCAGGACAAGCUUGCACAAAUGGAGCAUGAGCGCGCAGAGCAAGACCAAAAGCUCGAGGAGCAAGAGAUGGAGCUCAUUGAGUUGAAGGCUACGACACAAGCUCAAGAGAAGCUUCGAAGAAGUGACAGCGCGCAAGACUCGGAUAGCGGCAAAGGUAGCUGGAAGGUGGAAAAGACGCGGCUUGACGCGACUGUACAAACACUCCGAACGAAACUCGACCGAGCCGACCGCAAAGUCGCCGUUCUUGAGAUCGAGAAGAAGCGCUUGAACACUGAACGAGACAACAUGGCUGGCCAGCUUGGUGUGGCCUUCCAGACCUGUGAAGAGCUGAAGAAUGAAAAGGGAGCCUUGAGCACUGAGAACAAUGCGCUGCGAUUGGAGAUCGAUACCCUUCGAGCCGAAAACGAGGAGCUUCGCGAUCAGCUUGAGCAGGAGCAUUCGCAUCAUCGGGAAGAGACUGUUCAGCUAAAACGACAGUUCGACCAGGCCGCGAACGCAACAGAAAAAGAGAACGCAACCUUGCAUGCUGAGUUAGCUCGCGUUCGCGCUGAGCAUGAUGAGCACACUCAACGGCUAUCCCGCAAAGACAUUGAGUUGCGCAAGGCGCGUCAAGAGCAAGCCGAAUAUGCCCAACUAAAGUCCAAUCAUGAGUCUCUCAAGUCGCAGCUAGCGAGCCUUAAAACCAAGCGUGAAGAAGAGGUCAAACGAUGGACUCGCCAGGAGGCAGCUCUGAAGGCCCAAGUCGACCGUCGCGAUGAGACCAUCCGUCACUUCCAGGAUUUGACCCAAGAGCAGACUAAUGAGGCCAUGCGAUUAGACAACGAGCAUCUUCGACAUGAGCUUGCCCAACUCUCCGCACAGCACGAAGAUGAGAACGAGCAGUGGGCUAAGAAGGAGGUGGAGUUGAAGCGAAAAGUCCAACAACGCGAGGAUGUAGCGAAGAGGACCUUGAAUAUGACACGCGAAGUCCUCAGUACUCGGGAAGCGAAUGAACAGCAAUUUGAUGUCUUUGCUCCUACAUGGAAAGGCAAAGGCAAGGAGAACGCAUUCGCGGAUCAGAAACCAAGCUACCGUCGCGAUGAUACCCGCACUCGCAUCAAGAACCGCGUCCAGCAAGAGGUCCGCAACAGCAGAUCAGUGGGCACCUCACAACAGUCGAGCCGAAUUGAGGAGAGCCCUCGCAAGUCAUAUGCUGGGGUCUCGAGAUUUUCUAAUCGAAGCGUUUCAGCACCCAUACCGGUUGAUAAGAACGCCCGCGUUGAGAGCGACGUAGAAUCGACCACUGACCUUUCUCUUGCACCUCGCGGUACUCCGUAUACCUCUCGAAGUAAUCUUUCAGCGAAGUCGACAAUCCAGCCUCCUGUUGAUCUUGAUUUGACUGAACUGAGCUUCAUCGAUAGCAACCAGAUUGCUCAGCUCCGACGCGCCUUAGAAGAAGAGCGAGCUGCGGCGCGCCACCGAGCUUCGUUUGCCCCCGGGGAGCAAGCUCGCGAGGACACUAUUCGCUCUCAACGACAAACCCGCGAGGAUACUCUCCGAUCUGUCGCAUCCGCUAAGAGCGAACGCCGACCAUCUCUCCCACGCAAGUCGUCACUUAAGGAGAUUACCCAGCGUACCAACAUGACUCAGUUCGAAGAAGAUGUCACUGGCAACAUGUCGAACUUGGAUGCAGAUGCGGAAGCAACGCAGACCAAGCAAUCUGCUAUUGACACCUCGAUGCUGAGCAAUACGAGUCGCCGGCGCCGUAGUGCACCCACUGAAAUGACAUCUGCAUUUAUUGUUCCAGACAUCAAGCUCGAUACUCUUAAGCAAACCACGACUACGAUCAACAUCUCCCAAAAGACGACCAGCAAAGAUCACGACAACGCCAACUGCACUGUCUGUCGCCGUGACGGCCUUGCAACUACUACCGAUGCCUUACGUGUUCCUAAGCUCGUACCUGUAUCUUCGCGUACGCCGGACGAUGUCGACGCUACUCUCCGCCCCGCCCGCUCACCUAAGGAAGCCCUAGCUUUAGUAGUCAAAGAGCUUCAAGAUGAGCGCGCCCAUCUGCACAUGGAACUAGCUGUCAUGCGCGCUAUGUUAGAAUCCCACGACGUCAGCCUAGGAAACCGCAAGCGCCGCGACAUCAACGUCUCCAUUCAGGAGAUCCUUCGCCGUCUCGAAAUCAAGGAUACGCAAAUCUACAAUCUCUACGAUGUCCUUGAGGGCCAGCAAACCGAUGAUCUCACCGAGCUGGACGUUGAGAACCUGACGCAGCAAGUUCGUGCAGAGGAAGAGAAGACUCAGGGUGAGCCUGAAAAGAAGGCUAAAAAAGUCACAAUCAGGAGUUUUGUGGAUGAAGAUGACGACAGCAUUGAGGUUGGCAGGGGUGUAGGCCAGGACCUGGAGGAUGGAGAGACGCAGGAGUUGCCUUGGGAGGGAUUCGAGGAUACGGGAAGUGCUCUUGAAGGGUGGAGGACAAAUGUCCACUAG